AUGCCGGCUGGGGGCGCAGAGAUUCCGCUUGGCAUUGAGCUCGUGCUUGCGUAUUGCGCACUGGGAGCCAUGGCUGUGGUGCCUAUUUAUGUAGGCUCUGUCCUCUCGCUGGCGGCCAUCGGCCCUGGCGGAGUGACCAAGUCGGAGGAGGGCGAGGUGACCCAUGCCGAGGCCAUGACCGCCGACGACGCCAAGAUGUUUCCCAUUAUCGGCUCGGGCGUGCUCAUCACGCUCUUUGUUCUGUUUAAGGUCUUCAAGCUUAAGGAGUACGUCAACUACGUGCUCACGGCGUACUUUGUGGGCAUUGGUAUCCUCGCCAUCAUGUCUGCCUUUGUCAAGCCGCUGCUUCUUCAGUUUGCGGCCCUCCGGCACCAGGAUGAGACCGAGUACGAGAUCAAGAUCAACCUGACGCCGUGGAACUCGAGCGCGGAGAAGACGUCGAUCUCGUUCACCAACCUGGAUUUGAUGGCGCUGGCUGUCUCGUCAGUCGCUGGGGUGUGGUACGCGGUGUACAAGCACUGGGUGGCCAACAAUCUCGUUGCGCUUGCCUUUGCUAUCGAGGGCACCCGCUCGCUCUCGAUUGGCUCAUUCUCUACGGCCACUAUUCUUCUCUGCGGCCUCUUUGUCUACGACAUCUUCCAUGUCUUUUACUCGCACCUCAUCUUCGGUUCGUCGACCAUGGUCGAGGUCGCCCGCGGCCUGCAGGCUCCGAUCGCCGUCAAGUUCCCGCGCGCCGUUCUCACCAACCCGUCGUCGAACCUCUCGCUGCUGGGCCUCGGCGACAUUGUCAUUCCGGGCAUUGUCAUUGCCAUGCUCCUCCGCUUCGACGCCUUCCGCUCCAACGGCCAGUCGCGGCUCUACUUCUGGCCUGCGCUCCUCUACCUCGUCCCGGCCGUUCUCGGCGCUUCGCUCCUCACCGCUGCCGUCCGUGGCGAGCUCGGCGAGCUGUAUGCCUACUCGGAGGGCGAGGAUGAGGCUGCCAAGUCUGUCGAGGCUGAUGAUGCCGAUGGCGAGGAUGCUCCCACCGAUGAAUUGUAA